AUGGGUGAGAAGAUACAGUCGGAGGACUCGAGCCUAUCUCAGGCACGACAUGAGCAAGAUCCAGCUUUCGAGGUGGUCUGGGAGGAAAAUGACCGCGAAAAUCCUAAGAAUUGGCCAUUAUGGUAUAAAAGCUUCAUUAUAGGGACUGUCUCCUUUACAACCACUAUCGUGGUUCUAUACUCUACAUCAUAUACUUCCGGCCUAAGUGGCGUUGAAGCGACCUUUGAAGGCACUUCUCGUACCGUGGGUCUGAUCGGAUUGACCACGUACAUGCUCGGAAUGGCCCUAGGAUCUCUUGUUCUCACGCCUCUGUCCGAGCUGUAUGGCAGGCUCUCAACUCACCUCAUCUCCACUGCGUUAUUCGCGAUUUUGAUCAUCCCGGUAGCGUUGGCGCCUAACAUCUCCGCUAUUCUAGCCAGCAGAUUCUUUGGAGGGUUUAUAGGAAGCGCAACAGUCUCUGCUGCCCCUGGCUCGGUCAAUGAUGUGGUGACGGGAAAGAACCGAGCUCUCGCGUUCAGCUGCUGGAGUCUCGGUGCCAUGAAUGCCGCUGUUAUUGGUCCUAUAAUGGGUGGUUUCAUUUUCCAGUAUCUCGGCUGGCGAUGGAUAAACUGGAUUGUCCUGAUAUGUGGUGGCGUGUCGUUCGUCGCACUUUGUCUAUGCAAGGAGACCUACGCACCCGUCCUUCUCAGGGCCAAGCGGGCACGGAUUCAGAAGCAAACAGGCGAUAUGCGGUGGUGGUGCCAAUACGACGAGGACAAGAAGUCAGACUCCUGGGCCAUCAUGCGGACUAGUCUGUACCGGCCGCUGCAAAUGGCUAUUUUCGAGCCCAUCUGUCUGUUCUUGGACCUCUAUGUCGGGGUGUUCUACGCCUGUCUGUUCCUCUGUUUCGUCGGCUACCCUAUCGUAUUCGAAGAGCUUCGCGGUUGGUCCCCGGGUCUCGCAGGUCUCGGAUACUGUGGAAUCGGUACUGGAGUUGCCCUAGCUGUAUGCGCGGAGCCACUCAUCCGGAGGGUUAUAAAUAAGCACCCGCAGGAUCCAGUAACGGGCCGCCCUGCGCCCGAAGCAAACGUGAGCGUCGUUUGCGUUGGAGCCAUCCUCGCUCCCAUCGGUCAGUUCUGGUUCUCGUGGACAGCGCGUCCGCCCAUCCACUGGAUUUCUCCUAUCCUAGCGGGAAUUCCGUUCGGAUUUGGAAACGGGCUGGUGUUCAUAUAUGUCGUGAACUACCUCGCUGGGAGCUAUGGGAUAUACACGGCCUCUGCGAUUGGGGGUAUGUCCGUGGUGCGCUAUGUUUUUGCGGCUGUUCUGCCCUUGGCAGGGACCAAAAUGUAUCAUGCCUUGGGAGUCAACUGGGCGGGUACGAUGUUGGCUCUGAUUGAGGUCUUGUUGAUUCCUAUUCCUUUCGUGUUUUAUAGAUAUGGAGGGAAGAUCCGGCAGCGAAGUGUUCUCAUCUCGAAGCUAAGCUGA